ACAAAAAAAAACCCAAAUUUUUUAAAACACAAAUCCAUUCGUGUGCGUGCGGCUAAGUUAAAACAUUAAUGGACACUUGUUCAUUACUUUUUCUCUUCUCAUUCCUCCUCUUUGCCAUCAUCAUCGUGAUCAUCUUCAACAAGAUCAACGGUCUUAGAUCAUCCUUAGCUUCCAAGAAAAAAAUUAUUGAUCAUGUUAAUACUAACAGCCACGGACCAGUGUUUCCACAAGGAAGCUUGGGAUGGCCUGUCAUCGGAGAAACCAUCGAGUUUAUCUCUUCUGCUUACUCAGACCAUCCAGAGAGUUUCAUGGACAAGCGCCGACUUAUGUAUGGGAAAGUCUUUAAGUCGCAUAUAUUUGGAACUGCUACGAUCGUGUCGACGGACGCAGAAGUUAACAAAAUAGUUUUACAAAGCGACCCGACCGCCUUCGUGCCCUUCUACCCAAAAACGGUGAGGGAGCUAAUGGGAAAAUCGUCGAUACUUCUGAUAAACGGGAGUUUGCAUAGAAGGUUCCAUGGACUAGUCGGUUCGUUCUUAAAGUCACCACUUCUCAAAGCUCAAGUUGUCAAAGACAUGCACAAGUAUUUGUCCGAAUCCAUGGAUCAAUGGUCCGAGGACCAACCUGUUCUCCUUCAAGAUAUCUCCAAGACGGUUGCAUUUAAAGUACUUGCAAAGGCAUUGAUAAGUGUAGAGAAAGGAGAAGAGUUAGACGAGUUAAAGAAAGAGUUUGAACAAUUCAUCAAAGGGCUUAUGUCAUUGCCAGUUAACUUCCCUGGAACCCAACUUCAUAGAUCUCUCCAAGCUAAGAAGAAGAUGGUGAAGCAAGUUGAAAAAAUCAUAGAUGGCAAAGUUAGGAGAGCAAAAAACAAAGAAGAAGAUGAUGUGAUUGCAAAAGAUGUUGUGGAUGUGUUGCUUAAGGUCUCAAGUGAAAAUUUAACCCACAAUUUGAUUGCUAACAAUAUGGUUGACAUGAUGAUUCCUGGCCACGAUUCUGUACCUGUCCUCAUCACCCUCGCCGUCAAAUUUCUUUCCGAUUCUCCUAGUGCUCUUCAUUUUUUAACGGAAGAAAACAUGGAGCUGAAACGAUUGAAGGAAUUGACAGGAGAGCCACUAUAUUGGAAUGACUAUUUGUCAUUACCUUUUACACAAAAGGUCAUUACAGAGACACUGAGAAUGGGAAAUGUUAUAAUUGGAGUGAUGCGGAAAGCAAUGAAAGAUGUUGAAGUAAAAGGAUACGUGAUACCAAAAGGAUGGUGCUUCUUGGCUUAUCUCAGAUCAGUUCAUCUAGAUAAACUUUAUUAUGAGUCCCCCUACAAAUUCAAUCCCUGGAGAUGGCAAGAAAGGGACAUGAGCACGAGUAGUUUCAGUCCUUUUGGAGGUGGACAGAGAUUGUGCCCUGGUCUCGAUUUGGCCCGUCUUGAAGCUUCAAUUUUCCUUCACCAUCUUGUCACUCGCUUCAGAUGGACUACAGAAGAAGAUACAAUUAUAAAUUUUCCUACAGUGCAUAUGAAGAACAAGUUACCCAUUUGGAUCAAAAGAAGAUGAUUGUUGUGGAAAACGGAGAAUCAAUUUUGCAUUAUCAAAAGCUAAAAGGUUAAAGAAGCCACACGAGUGUUUGUAAGUGGGAGUGAAUGAAAGUGAUAGUGAGACAGAACAGACAACAUGAUGGAGUGUAGAGACAAAAAGGAAUCGCACGUGUAGGAAGCGACAGAACACGUGUUAACUAUUUGUCGUUUCCCGUCAAAAGGCAAAUAAGGACACAAUCACCAAACCUUAUGUUUGUUGAGUUGUCUGCAUGUAGACCCAACCUAGUGCUUAUUUCUUGUGUUGACCAUAAAACUUCUUGUUUUGUAGUCAAUGGUGCAUGAUAUUGAUAUAUGUAUACCUGAUGUAGAAUCCUAAUUUUCAUGAACUAUUCCUCUUCAAUCGUCAUAUUUCAUUA